GCCCUUCUCCUCAUUCGCGCCUGCUCCCUCUCUCUCUUCAGCCUGCUAUUUAAUCAAUCUCUCUCUCUCUCUCCUUUUCUUGUUCUCUAUUAAAUAUAUAGUUGGAAUUUUUCUGGGUUUUGGGUAAGUUUUUUUUUUUAUAAUUAGAACAUAGUUUGUCAACUAGUUUUCUCUCUGAUUCAAUCUCCUUACACACAAAAGGAAGUUUUCAUUUUUUUCAACACCUUUCUGUAUAUUAUACUCAAUUCCAUAAAUUUCCCUAUUAAAAAAAAAUCAAAAUUUAAGUCUCUGUGUAUACUUAAAUUAUCAAAACCCCAACGACUGAUUCUUCGAAAUUUCCCACCCACCUCCUAAUUUUCCUACCAAAGUUUCAAUCUUUAAUACCUUUCAACACAAACCCUUGUCUUCAAUCUAAUGCGAUCAUCAAUCUUCAAUCUCAUCAGAGCUUAGAACACACAAAAUUCAAUGGGCAACACCUGCGUUGGCCCGAGUAUAGCCAAAAAUGGCUUCUUUCAAUCAGUUUCAGCCACUCUAUGGCGAGCUCGAUCACCCGAAGCAGAACCCGAAUCCACUAACCCCAAGAUCAACCCCAAUGGCCCGGAAAACAAGCCCCCUGAACCCGUUAAGAUCCCCGAACCAGACCCGAAACCCGUUAUCCGCCCGCGGCCCCCUACUGAAGAACAAAGCCCAAUCCCCAGCCCCCCUCCUCCUGUAAUCCCCCAUAAGAGAUCACCAUUGCAAGUAAACAGAGUCUCGAGUGGAGGCAGGCAAAAGAAUUCAGUCCUAAAGCACAAAACCCAAAACUUAAAGGACCUGUACUCCUUAGGAAAAAAGCUAGGAGCUGGCCAAUUUGGUACUACUUACCUCUGCAUUGAGAAGGAAACGGGCAAGGAAUUUGCUUGCAAGUCAAUCUUAAAGAGGAAAUUGACAUCCGAGGAUGAUAUCGAAGAUGUUAGAAGAGAGAUUCAAAUAAUGCAUCAUUUAUCGGGGAAUCCCAACGUUAUCUCGAUAAAAGGGGCUUAUGAGGAUGCAGUGGCCGUUCAUGUUGUGAUGGGGCUUUGUGCGGGUGGCGAGCUUUUUGAUAGGAUUGUGAAGAAAGGGCAUUAUACUGAGAGGAAAGCUGCAGAGCUCACUAGGGUUAUUGUUGGCGUUGUUGAGGCUUGUCACUCUCUGGGGGUCAUGCAUAGAGAUCUUAAGCCUGAGAACUUUCUGUUUGUUGAUCGGAGUGAGGAGGCGGCGCUUAAGACUAUUGAUUUUGGGUUGUCUGUUUUCUUUAAGCCAGGAGAAAUAUUCAAUGAUGUUGUUGGUAGCCCUUACUAUGUUGCACCUGAAGUCCUAAAAAAGCGCUAUGGACCGGAGGCAGAUGUGUGGAGUGCUGGAGUAAUUAUUUACAUUUUGCUUUGUGGUGUUCCUCCAUUUUGGGCAGAAACUGAGCAAGGCAUAUUUGAAGAAGUUUUGACUGGCAAGCUUGAUUUUGAGUCAGAUCCAUGGCCCAGUAUCUCAGCUAGUGCCAAAGAUCUUGUAAGGAGAAUGCUUGUUAGAGAUCCGAAGUGUCGGUUGACUGCUCAUGAAGUUCUAUGCCAUCCUUGGGUUCAGGUUGGUGGUGUGGCACCUGAUAAGCCUCUGGAUUCUGCGGUUCUUUCUCGCUUGAAACAAUUUUCUGCAAUGAACAAGCUAAAAAAGAUGGCUCUGAGAGUAAUUGCUGAGAACCUUUCUGAGGAUGAAAUUGCUGGACUCAAGCAAAUGUUCAAGAUGAUAGACACUGAUAAUAGUGGGCAAAUUACUUUCGAAGAACUCAAGGUUGGGUUAGAAAGAGUUGGUGCAAAACUUAAGGAGUCUGAAAUUUAUGCACUUAUGAAAGCAGCCGAUGUUGAUAACAGUGGCACAAUAGAUUACGGGGAGUUCAUAGCUGCAACUCUACAUCUAAACAAAAUCGAAAGAGAAGACCAUUUAUUUGCAGCAUUCUCUUAUUUUGACAAAGACGGUAGUGGCUAUAUCACUCAAGAUGAGCUACAACAAGCUUGCGAGGAGUUUGGUAUUGAAGAUGCUCAACUUGAGGAAAUGAUCCGAGAUGUUGAUCAAGACAAUGAUGGACUCAUAGAUUAUAAUGAGUUUGUAGCGAUGAUGCAAAAAGGUAAUGCAGUAUUUGGAAAGAAAGGGCCGCAGCAAAAUCUCAGUUUCGGUUUAAGAGACGCUCUAAAGCUCUAAGGGGCCUUUUCCUUCUUUUAUUUUUUCUUUUAAUCCUUACAUGUAGAUUUAUGAGAUUUUUAAAGAUGAGUUGUGAAGAACGGGAAGUGCUCUUAGAACUUAAAUUGUAAACAAAGUUAUAUUUGCAUCCUACUUGUUCUUCCAGCUACUUUGAGUAUUAAAAUCAAGUAUAGAGAACAAAUAAUGCUCACA